AUGACAAGAGACAAAGAGUUGUAGAAUCCCACGGAUGAGGGUAAUCUGUCACCAAAUCCCAGCACAGGGAAACCAAAGGGGAAUGCGUGGCCAGGGAUCUACUAAAGGCGAAUCCCUCCUACCAUCCACACAGACACCCCAAUACAAUGCACACCACUAACAAAGCAUCCAAGUACACACAGUGACAGAGCUCAACAUCCCACAAUCACACUCACUACUCUAACCUGCUCUGCCUCACACCACAGUACACAACCUGCACCAGAUCGACACAAUGUGCUCCUGAUCAUUCAAUGACAAUAUGGCUAUCAGGAUGUGGCCCCUGCUGCUGGCUCUUUUCUGCUUUGCUCCUCAGGACGUGGCCCCCCAUGUUUCAGAUCACCCUCUCACGUUCUCUCUGGACUCAGACAUUGUUCACCCUGUCCGUGUGGACGAAAGAGGCUCUUUCUUGACGUUCGACCUCACGCCACGGACAGUACGAAAAAGAGGUAUUUCUCCCCGCCAUCCUAUCCCUGUGUACUAUGCAAUCAAGUACCAGGGAGUGGAGUUGACCUUUAACCUUAGUCAAAACCACCAGCUGCUGUCCCCUGGCUAUGUGAGUGAGUGGCACAGCGGAGGCAUUCGAGAGGCGACAAUCCACAGCCGACCCCCCAACUUCUGCCACAUGAGUGGAGAGGUGCAGAACGAGCACCGAUUUAUGGGGAAUGCAGCUGUCAGUAUCUGCAGCGGGCUGAGCGGAGUUUUUCAGCUGGCGCAGGAGGACUUCCUGAUUGAACCAGUGGAACCAAAUGCACCGUCAUCAGGAGAAUCAAUGCCCCAUCGCAUAUACAGACGCCACCUGGAGGAGACCGCGGCAGAUGAACAAACUCGGCACAAGAGCUGCGGCGUAAAGGAUAAUCCAAAUGCUCAAAGUAAGUGGGAUAAAAGGAGAGAGCGCUGGGAACAACUACAGACAAGGAAGUACCAGACCCGUCGUAUAAGGCCACGGUCCAUUAGCAAAGAGAAAUGGGUAGAGACACUGGUGGUGGCGGACCACAAGAUGGUUGAAUACCAUGGCAGAAGCCACGUGGAGAACUAUGUCUUGACUAUAAUGAAUAUGGUAGCUGGACUCUUCCAUGAUGCAAGCAUUGGGAACAGAAUAAACAUUGUCAUUGUGCGGCUGAUUCUACUAGAGAGAGAGGAGGAGGAACUGAAGAUAACUCAUCAUGCAGACAACACUCUGCGCAGUUUUUGUAAGUGGCAGAAGAGCCUGAAUAUGAAGGAUGAGGAACAUCCUUUACACCAUGAUGUUGCUGUGCUCCUCACCAGAAAAGACAUCUGUGCUGCUAUGAAUCGCCCUUGUGAAACCCUAGGACUCUCUCAUGUGUCCGGCAUGUGCCAACCGCACCGGAGCUGUAACAUUAAUGAAGAUACUGGCCUCCCCACCGCAUUCACUGUUACUCAUGAAAUAGGACACAGUUUUGGGGUACAGCACGAUGGCAGCGGAAAUGAAUGUGAGCCCCAAGGAAAGAGACCGCACAUCAUGUCACCGCAGCUUCUCUAUGAUAAUUCUCCUCUCACCUGGUCCCGCUGUAGCAGAGAUUACAUUACCCGCUUCUUGGACCGGGGCUGGGGCCUCUGUCUGGAUGAUCUCCCCAGUAAGGAGCUUUUAGAGUUCCCAUCUGUGCCCCCUGGGGUGCUAUAUGAUGUUGGACACCAGUGUCGGCUGCAGUAUGGCGUUGCCUCUAGCUUCUGUGUGGACAUCGAUAAUGUGUGUAACACGCUGUGGUGUUCCGUUGGAUCAACUUGCCACUCCAAACUUGACGCUGCUGUGGAUGGAACAACCUGCGGGGAAAACAAGUGGUGCUUUGGUGGAGACUGUGUUCCAGUUGGCCACCGCCCUAGUCCCGUGGAUGGCUUGUGGGGUUCUUGGAGCUCAUGGUCCCCGUGUAGCCGAACUUGUGGGGCUGGGAUACAGAGUGCGGAGCGGCAUUGCAGUAACCCUACCCCCAGAUAUGGAGGGCGUUACUGCCUUGGAGAGCGGAAAAGGUACAGAGUGUGUAACAUUGUCUCCUGCCCCCCGGAUACUCCUUCUUUUAGGCAAAUGCAGUGUUCUCAGUUUGAUUCUGUUCCUUACAAGGGGAAGCUACAUCGCUGGAGUCCUGUGCCAAGCAGCAUUAAUCCAUGUGAGCUGCACUGCCGGUCACACAAGGAGCACUUUGCAGUGAGAUUGUUGGAUGCUGUGAUUGAUGGAACUCCGUGUUACGAGGGUAAUAGAAGCCGGGACAUGUGCAUUAAUGGCAUCUGUAAGAACAUUGGAUGUGACUAUGAGAUUGACUCGAAUGCAGUUGAGGAUCGAUGUGGGGUUUGCAGGGGAGAUGAUUCUACUUGUCAUACUGUGCACAAAACCUUUGAGGACACUGAUGGCCUUGGGUAUGUGGAUAUUGGUCUAAUUCCUCCAGGAGCACGCGAGAUCCGUAUUGAAGAAGUGGCAGAGGCUGAGAACUUCCUAGCGCUGCGUAGUGAAGAUCCAGAGAAGUAUUUUCUGAAUGGAAGGUGGACCAUUCAAUGGGAUGGUGACUACCAGGCAGCAGGGACAACAUUUACCUAUACUCGUACCGGAAACCUGGAGAAUCUGACUGCCCCUGGACCAACUUAUGAGCCAGUCUGGAUACAGCUGCUUUUCCAAGAAAAGAACCCAGGUAUUCGCUACCAGUAUACCGUGAAAAGAGACCAGGACAGCAGUAAUGAGAUCCAGCCACCAGAGUUCUCUUGGAGAUAUGGGUCAUGGACUGAGUGCUCUGCCACCUGUGGCACCGGUGUGCAGAGGCAGCUGGUGCACUGUGUUGAAAAAACGGUUGGUCUUUUGGAAGAAAGAUAUUGUGAUUCCCUGUCACGACCUGAUGAUAGACAGAGAAGUUGCAAUGAGGAGCCUUGUCCCCCUAGGUGGUGGGUAGGAGAAUGGCAGCAGUGUUCUACCUCCUGUGGCACAAAUGGUGUGCAAAAGAGAACUGUCCUGUGUAUCCAAAGAGUAGGCCUCGACGAGCAGCGUGCACUACAACCCACAGAGUGUCAGCACCUCGCUAGGCCUGAACCUAGUAUCCCCUGCAACCACCACCUGCCCUGUCCUGCUGUGUGGCACCAGGGCAACUGGAGUGAGUGUUCUGUAUCUUGUGGAGAAGGAGUGCAGUAUCGGGAGGUGCACUGCAUGAAUAAAACUGAAGGGGAAGUCUGUGAACCUUCUCACCGUCCCUUGACCAACCGCAUUUGCACGCUACUUCCAUGCCCACUAGAUUCCUUCUACACUCCCGUUGACUGGACAGGAAGUGGAUCAUCCAGCAGGGAAAUUUUCAAUGACAUCUUUCCUGGUCGUCCACGAGCACCCUCUCGUAACCAUCACCCUCCACAAGACAACUCUAUCUCUGAAGGAGACUUUUCUAGCAUAGGAGAGGGAGGACAGGGGAAAGGACGGGCAUUUGUGGAUGACUUUUACUAUGAUUAUAACUUUAUCAACUUCCAUGAAGAUUUGUCUUAUGAUCCUCUUGAUGAUAACAAUAUUGAUGAAGGUGGAAAUAUGGAACACCACGGUAAAGAACAUCCUACACAGAUUGCCCUGGCUGAUGAUUUGGGGAAUGGGGUGGAAGAGGAGGCAGAGGAAAAUGUUCAUUCCACAACAACUUCCCACUUUAUCCCGACCAGACAGGUGGUGGAUGUAUCUAUUACCGAUGGCUAUGUCCAGUACUCAGAUUUACCUAACACAUCUACCUCUUUAGGUUCAAUACAGGAAGACUGGAAUAGACAUGAACAAAUUCAUGACGAUUAUAUUAAUAACCACUAUGACUUCCUAGGAACAACUGAGGAACCACAAACAACUCAGGUAUCAUCAUCAGUAACACCCCAUAACACCUUUCUCAAAAUCAUUCCAGGGGACUCAUUGUACCAAACAACAUAUAAUCCAUCAGAAGACCUAACUGAAGACUCAUUACCUCAUAUCAUUAGAAAUAAUUUGCAGGAUGUUACACAAGAACCCAAAUCAGAUAUACCUACAAGUUUGUCGCACCCAGCACAGGAUGCUUCAGACGGUUCAUUGCCAGACUUUCCAUCCUAUCUGUGGUCAAAUCCUACUGCAGAUCCAGCAAAUUUCCCCUAUUCACAUUCCAUACCAGUCUCCUUACCAGAUUCAGCACACGAUCCUUCAAAAUAUCCAACAGCUAAUCCACUGCCAGCUCCAGUUAAAGAUUCUUCGCUAAAUCCAACAUAUACUGCCUCGCAAAAUCCAAGACAGGACCUACAACAAGACCAUACAAAAAGACCAUUGUAUGCUUUGACUUUAGAUCCUUUCACAGAAUUGUAUUCCCAACCCACAACAAGCACACUUUUAGCAAAUCAGAUGCAAGAAGAAUCAAGUCAGAUACCCAAUUUUUUACCAAGUACUGAAUCAAAGAAAAUGGCAAUGGAAACUACCUCCAAGUCACCAUCAAAUGAUCCUAUGAACCCAUUUCCCACUGCACUAAAGUCAAGCCUCAAGCCGGAUCAAUAUGCCUUUACUGCUUCUCAAGUUACAUCUUUGCUACCCACUGUCCUAACCAUGUUUCCAUCAGAGCCAAAUCACAACAGUCAAAAGACACCUGACUUUCAUUCUAAUGUCAUUGGAAACUCUUCCCCUCAUCUCAGGGCAAUAACGGAUGGGGAAGAGUCAACUGGGAUUUCUGAGCCUCCUGUCAUAACUCAUACCACUUUUGUGUCAUCUUCAGACAGCAAUUACCUAAGUAAAGGCUACUGGGUGGUCGGAAACUGGAGUGAGUGCUCCACCAGUUGCGGUCUUGGUGCUAUGUGGCGUUCCGUUUGGUGCUCAGAAGAUGGAAAUGAGACGUGCGACCCUGCUACCAAGCCAGCUCCUGCCCAUCGCUGCUUUCUACGACCAUGUGCUUCUUGGUCCCUGGGGGCCUGGGGCAAGUGCUCUCAGAGCUGUGGCACGGGAGUCAAGGUACGAGAUGUUCAUUGCGUAAAUAUCCGGGACAAAAGAAUUCUGCGACCCUUCCACUGUCAAGCUGUCACCAAGCCCCGUACCCAGAUGCCCUGCCAAGAACAACCAUGCAUGGAGUGGAACUUCUCACCCUGGAGUGAGUGCUCAGAGGAGUGUGGAGGGGGAGAACAGGAGAGAGAUGUCACAUGUCCAAAAACUGGAAGUUGCAAUGAAAAUUUGAAACCCAACUCCAGACGCUCAUGUAAUGAACACCUCUGCACAGCCUGGUCUGUGGCACCGUGGAGCCAGUGCACAGCGUCGUGUGGUGGUGGCAUCCAGGAACGGCAGGUGAAAUGUCUGAACACAAGGACCAGAGCAACCGAGGAAGAUAGCAGUCUAUGCGACCACCAACCACGGCCUGACAACACCCAAAAAUGUCAUCUUCAGGAAUGUCCGCCUUCACACAGUACAUAUUGCUCCGGUGACCGAAUCGCGUUACCCUUCUGCCAGGCCUUGAUGAAUCUGGAUCGCUGCUUACUGCCAAUGGUCCAAACUCUAUGCUGCAAGACCUGUCAGUCCUAUCUGUUAGGUCCUCGAGAGAAUAACGAGCAGCUGUCACGGAGGUGAAGAUAGGAGCCAUGUCUACUGCCUCAGGGACAAUGUGACCUGUGUAAAAGGCUCACUUCUUGAUUAACUAUGUUGGUAGGUUAGCCUUGGCCUACUGGAACAAAUACAUGGGUUCUCCUCUUCGGCCAUUUCCUCUGCCCCAUCAAUACGCGGUUAGGAAAUUACACCACUGAGAGGAGAAAGAAGAGUGAUGUUCAAGUGAGGAAAGGACCUACCACAGAACCUUUACUUAAAAGCCACCCGUCCAGCAACACAACGCCUCCUGAUCUUUGGUGCUAAAGGUUGGCAUACAACCUCUAAUUGACCUCGGCUAAUGCCCUGCUGGCAGGCCAGUGAGGGAUCUAAGUCCUUCUCCAAUAAUGGUCUUUCUGGUGCUCUAGAUGUCUAAUGGUGCACUAUUGAAUGGUAUAUUAACAGUAUAAUCAUUAUUUCUCAUGUACAAACUGUGAGGAGGUCUGUGUCCUUUCUCUGAUCCAUACUAUGUAUUAAUCACUUAACUAGUAUUGCACACUGAUCGUUAUCAGUCAUAUUGAAAACUGCAUAUGCCACAUUAUUCCUUCAUUGCCACGCAUGACCAUUCACUCUAGUUCAAACUUUUAGCAAAUGCCCAGAGACACGGCGUUAAAUUUCAGUGCUCUUCGAAGAAGGCAAAUUUUUAUUUUAUUAUCUCACAAAUUCCUUAAGCCUGUGUUUUAAUAAAUGGCUGCCGAAAUGUCCAUGGUAAGCACUUGUGACUUCUACAUAGAGAACAAAA